AUGAAAAAAUCCAUUGAUGACAAGCCGUCGAGUUCCAGUGAAGAGCAGACCGCUCCCAUUGCACCUGGUGGCUAUCAAAAUCCCGCUUACUCUCGGUCAGCCAGCUUUGAGAGAUCGCCGGAGAAGCAUGGUCGCCGGCGGAUUACCACCCAGCAAGCGCCACACCAAUUCGAGGUGUUGAGGAUGAACAACACGGAUCCUAUACUGAAGGAGGUGGCCAAGCAGAUCAACGAUUCCGUGGAGUCUACGACGACGGACAUCCGGAGAAAUCCUCAGCACUCCGCCGACGACAACUGGAUGCCACUGCCUUAUCCUUAUCCCUACGAAACCACAAUGCCUGCGCCAGCCGCAUCAAGCUCUAUGAUUCCCGGAUUUAUGCAAUCGUCGGUGGUGCAUCCACCGGCACCCACACAGGCCACUCGAUCCACUGAGGGACUACUCAACUGGCCCACUGAUUUCAUCGAUAGUUCUUUGAACACUGCGAGCACCGAAAGGAUCGACCGGAAUCUCCAUGGGAACAUCGACAGGGACGAUGAGAACGUCUCGGAUCCGGCGGAAGAGUACAAGUACUAUGAGGACUCCCUGAACUCCGCCCAGAUGCACAGUGAGCUGAGUGUUCCGGAGACAAUGCCCCUGAACAUAACCCGGGUGGGCAUCCCUUACGAGGAUCGAAAUGCUUCCGAGGAGCCGACCAUUUGUGUGCCACUCACCGUCUCGGAAACUUCGCUCUCCUCCGACAGCAUUGUGCCCCAAAUGGUGGAAGUGGAAAGGGUCUACUGCUUUCCCCUCCCCAAAGUGGAGAUUCGUCCUGGUCACGUUCGUCCGCAGGUGGAAGAGGUGACCAGGGAGCAGGAGAUCCAGGAAGUAGAUAUGGAUAUGCAACCAACGGAAACACCAGAACCCAGUGAUUCCACCGCUGGCGCGACUCGAAGAUCUCUUGGCACCCUUACACUGCUCCUCAUCAUUGGUUGGAGCUUCCGGCCAGGAAUUCGAACUUAGAAUUAGGAUCCA